UCGAUCCCGCGACUUCCUGUGGAGGUCUGUGAACGGAUCAUCGACCACAUAGCUGCGGGAAUGAUGCUGGCUUAUCGUUACGUAGGCGGCGAGCUACAUCUGUCCACUCUCACAUCCUGCGCGCUCGUAUGCCAAGACUGGUACUACCUGACGUGGUAUCAUCUUCGUCAACGCAUCCAUCUACGAGACCGAAAGGAUGUCCUCUCGCUCUCCAAGACCCUCCGUGCAAAGCCUCGCCUCCGUGAGGUCAUUCAGCAGGUCGUCAUAUCGGGUGCUUCUCCCGGGGAGCAUCGACCGAUCUGGCACCUGGGGACGUUCGCCGCUAUGCUCGCGGGCAAGGCCCCGAGGUUGUCGAGGAUCACCAUUGAAGAUGCUGCGUGGACCAUGGGCUCGGUCCGAAUGGAGGACAUCGGCUACCUAGCUGUGUUCGGCGCCAUUCACACUCUACGCAUCUGCAAUACCUUCUUGUCGAGCGUCGCGCAGCUGGCACACCUUGUCUCAUCGCUCCCGCGGCUUGAGAACUUAUGGUGC